ACAGCCACAAAUUGGUUUUUAUCGUAAAAAAUUUAUGAAAACAAAAAUUUGCUUUUUGGUGUUCAUUUAUGGUUAGGCAUAAGAUCAACAGGGUGGUUAAUAUUAGGGUUAACGUUAAGUUUAAAUCACAUUUUAAGAAGAAUAAAUUCUACAAAUAUGCGGUGUUUAUCUCUUUUUUUGGCUGUGGUAACUAGUAACGACAGUUUUGUUUUUGUCAGAACGAGUUUGACAACAUUUCGCAUUUAAUCCCCUAGCUAGCUAGCUAGCUAACUAAUAUUCUUCAAUCAUGGGGAAGUCUUUUGCUAAUUUUAUGUGCAAGAAAGAUUUUCACCCUGCAUCUAAGUCAAAUAUAAAAAAGGUAUGGAUAGCAGAGCAGAAAUUAACAUUCGAGAAGAAGAAGCAGGAGGACCUCAUGAAUUCUUACCUAAAAGAACAAGACACCUACAACAACAGACUGUUGAUGGGGGAUGAUCGUGUGAAAAAUGGUCUCAACUUCAUGUAUGAAGCUCCACCUGGGGCAGACAAAGAAGAGACCAAAGAGGAAGGUGAAUCAGAAUACAAGUUUGAGUGGCAAAAGACGGCCCCUCGAGAGAAGUAUGCCAAGGAUGACAUGGCUAUUAGGGAUCAACCAUUUGGAAUUCAGGUUCGCAACGUGAGAUGCAUCAAGUGUCACAAAUGGGGCCAUGUGAAUACAGACAGAGAGUGCCCUCUCUUCGGCCUGUCUGGGAUCAAUGCCAGCGCUGCACCCACAGAGGAAGCAGGUCCGUCAAUGCACCCCUCUGAGUUAAUGGCGGAGAUGCGGAACAGUGGAUUUGCCCUGAAGAAAUGUGUCCUUGGGAGAAAUUCUACUGUUUGUGAUCCAUCGCAGGAGUAUGUCGCCAGUGAAGAAGAGGAGGAUCCUGAGGUUGAAUUCCUGAAGUCGUUGACUACUAAACAGAAAGAGAAGCUCCUCAGGAAACUGGAUCGUCUAGAAAAGAAGGAGAAGAAGAAAGACAAGAAGGGCAAAAAGCAGAAGAAGAAGAGAAAAGGAAAGCAGAAGAAGCAUGAUAGUGAUAGCUCCAGUGACAGUAGCAGCAGCAGUGAUGGUGACAGUGACUCAGACUCUGACAGCAACUCUAAGAGCCAGAAGAAAAAGAAGAAAAAGGACAAGAGAAAGGACUCCUGUUGUGAUAACACGAAGAGUGAGGGACUAGUCAACAGUAAGACUAAGGCCGCUUCUCACAGGAGCAGGUCACGGAGCCCAACCUCCAGACAGAAACGGCACAAAGACGAUACCAGAGAGAAGAAACAAACGAGGGCUGAGCCAGGCAGGAGCGAGGGCCGAAAGCACAGUCCAGAGAGAAAGAUGAGGGUGGAAGAACGUCAGGAGAGACACAGACACGACAGCAGGGAGAGGCAGAUAACCAGCAGCAGCUCCCAGCCUGGCCCAGAAAGAAGCAGGAGCAGUGAGAGAGACAGGGAGAGAGGUAAAGACAAGGUUCAACGUAAGGAUGAGGGGAAAAGUAGACGAGAGAGGAAUAGGAGCAGAGAUGGAGCGGAGGGUAAAGCAGCAAAAGAGGGGAGUAGAAGCCACGAGAGAGAGAGGGGAGGAGCAGGGAGGAGCAGGAGUACGGGCAGAGGGAGGGAGAAAAGAGACAGAAGCCGAGAUAGAGCUGAGAGAAAGCGCUAAACUGUGAGAGUAGACAAUCUUACAAAGUGGAACAGUAAUGGCAUACCUGUUUAUUUUGCUGGCCUAAACAAAGUUAAUAUUUUUUUGACACGAACGUGUAAUGUUUUAUGAUGCUACUGUAAAAUGUAUUUUUUUUCUUCUUUUAUUAAACAUUAAACAACACAUAGAAAUCAAAGUUUUAGUAGCCUGCACAGUAUUGGUCAUGUUUUGAUGUUACCUGCUAUUUGACUGCUACAGCAUCAUGAGAGCGCAGGCCCUCAAAUGUUAUUAUUUUUCUCCACUAGAGGGCAGCAGUAGAUGUAAAAUAACUUGAACCACAGAAAUAUUUGUUGUCAUGGUUGUCAUUUUAUUCCCGAUAACUCUUCAAAAUACUAAAAGAAUAUUAUAGCAAAUCGAAAUGAAAAUAUUUUGGUUUGGUGAAAGUGUAAUAACCCACUGGGCAAUUAUUAUAAUUUUUUAAACCAAUGUUGUUUCCCCACGUCAUUUAAACAACAAAUUGUGUGACGUUGAACCAACGUGGAAAACUGAUUGUCAAAGUAAUGGAAUUGGGGGGGGGGGGGGGGUUCACCCAACUUUUACCCUAAAUCAAAUGGCAUGGUGAAUUGUUUUGUAUAUAUCACGUUAGUUGACAACUCAACCAAAAGUAAAUCAGAACUAGACAUUACUGAACAAAAGUGAAAUGAUGUCUGUGCCCAGUGGGAAACGGUUCUGUUCCCACAUGCUUGUAACCGUGUUUCAUCACAUUUGUUACAAGUCUAGCCUGAUCAUGUAGACUUGUUUCACAAUGGUAUUUUGCAACAAGUGCCCUAAACAGGAGCAUGGUUGACUAAUGACACUCCAUCUCUGAGUGAUCAGUAGCCUAUGCGAUCCAUAUGAGUGUGCUGCAUACGUGAUUAGUGUGUAGACCUCAAGUUUGUUUCAAAUGUUUAACACUGAAGACCCAAUUCUGAAUUGAAGUCAAUUCAUGUAAUUUUACUUUUAGUGUACAACUCAAUGCAUGUUUUACGCAACACUGCGUGCCUAUUGGCCUUUAGAUAUUACUUGUAAACUACCUGCAUGACAAGAUCACCAUGAUGGACAAAACUGAAGAAAGCAUGAGGUCAUUGGGGUUCAUUUGACAUAAGGAAAAGUGUAACCUACGAGUCCGUAUUUGUUUGGGAGCCAUAUAUUUUUGGAAAAGCCAUAGCAAUUGGCUUAGAUGGAUAACUAAUGUCCAUAUGAUAUGCUUUGACGUUUUGUUUCAGUCGCUUCAGAUUUGUAUAUUCUGUAUAGGCAAUUUAACUCCAAUAAGGCAGGGAGAUGUGUGCAUCUAUAAGCUUGUACUUUAAAUGCUUUAGGCUAUCCAAUUGGUUUGAUGAAUUGUAAUUUUGUCAUCACAAGAAAAAUAUUUUUGCCAUCUUCCAUUGUGAGAUGAUGGACAUUGUUUUACCCUGGGGAGGAGAAUGGCGUGAGCCCUUUAGCAGCGAAAUGUGUCCCGUGACGUCGCACUGGUUCUCUCCUUUGAUCUCUCUCUUUUAUUGUGGCUUGAAAACAAAGAUGACUUCUGCCUAAUGCUCAGUGAGAGGGCAUUCCAGGGAAAGCCAUAAAGCGAUAACUGACAGCACUUACUGUCCGCAACACCAGGCGUCUCUCUCCCAAAAGCAUUUGGACGCACUUAUCGUUUUGAUUUUAACCACCUAUUGUAGCCAUAUAAUUGCAAAUUAUGUUAAUGAUUUACAGCAUAAUACAAAAUGUUUUAGGAGAAUUAAUUUACAGAAGAAGAAAAAAUAACAUCAGAAAGUCACUGCAAAUAAACAGCUAAUGUAUCAUUUAAAAAAUAAGCACAAUUGCAACUGCAGGUUGCAUCGAUGUAUUAUUUGUUAGUCUAUAUUAUAGUAGCCUGAUUUUGAAUAGGCCUAUUUUAUUUGAAAUCAUGCCUGCACAUUUAAAAGGUCACAUUGAUAUUAAAUGCUAAAUAUAUGA